GUUAGAGUGGCAGCGACAGCAUCAGUCAUCUGAGCCCAGGGAGUACACAGGUAUCUUCAAACACACCUGCACGGACCUGCUUCUAAUAAAGAUAAACCAUGGACCAGAAUCCGGAACAAAUGCACAACAGCACUGUGAAGGCCCGGGUGGACAAUACUGUGGAGCCUCCAGUGAACAUCACUGGGGAGGCUCCGGUGGGGGAGUGGAAUGACGUUAGAGAAGUCCAUUUUCAGACAAAACUUCAAGCUGCCAUGUUAGAUAUUGCAAGUCUCCAAAAUCCUGUCUCUGAAAACUCAUCGCAGUUAUCAGAUACAAUGCAAGAGGCUUCCUUGGAGGGGCCAUUCGGCUUGGGGCCUCUGGUUUUCCCUUCUUUGCAGCGUUUCAACAACAUUAACUAUUUCCUGAUCUCGUUCUGUAUAUUAUCCCUAUCUCAAGGUACUAUAACUGGUCUCACUCAUGUGAGUACUGGAAAUUUUGAGAAGGAUUUUUAUCUGUCAAGGGCAGAGAAAGUUAUAUUGACCAUCUCUUAUGAUCUUGCAUCUUUAUUGGUAGCAAUACUUGUAGCACACUAUGGAUGUAAAGGGAACCGGUCAAAAUGGUUGGCAGCUGCUGCCUUUUUAGUAGGACUUGCAUCAAUUUUAUUUGCCAUUCCAUACUUGAAAUAUGAAAUUGUACGUCCGGUGAAAGAUAGUGAAGAGUUGUGCAUAGAUGAAGAAGAAAGAACAAUGCCAUACAAUUGUGAGGAAAACAUAGUACCAUUCAAAUCAGAAAUUAUCAUUUUUUCCGUCAUCGGGCAGUCUCUCCAGGGAAUUGCAGGAAUGCCGAUGUAUAUCCUUGGUGUAACCUACAUUUAUGACAACAUUUCCACAUACAAGGCUGGCAUCUAUUUAGGUAUCGCAGAUGCUGCAUAUGUGCUGGGAUAUGGUCUGGGCUAUGCAGUAGGAUCCCCAAACCUUAGGCCUUCAUUUAAUCACAGUUCGGAGGAAGAGGUAAAUGGCAACUUUCUUCUGUGGCAGUACAAUUGGUUUGUUGGUUUUCUGUUUGCCACUCUGCUUGCAUGGUUCACAUUUUUCCCAUUUUUAUGUUUUCCACAUCGUUUACCUGGUGCACACAAGCUAAAGCUACAGAAAGUAAAGGACCCUCUCUCCUUUUACAAGAAGCUUAAGAAUAUGAAAUAUGGAUAUAAUUUACAGGAUUUGCUUCAUGCUCUUUGGGGUCUGUUGAGGAACCCACUGCUGAUGUGCUACUCAAUGUGCAAAGCCACAGAGUCCUUGGCUUCUAUUGGAGCUGCAGAAUUUUUGCCCAAAUAUAUAGAAAGUCAGUUUUUGUUAUCACCCUCACGUGCCACUCUGCUCACAGGAAUUAUUUUAGUUCCAGGAAGUGCACUUGGCAAUUUUCUGGGAGGUUUCAUUGUUUCCAAGUUGAAGAUGUCUUCUAAAAACCAAAUGAAAUUUAUAGUGAUAAUGUCUAUCAUAUCACUUCUGCUUUUAAUAUUAAACAUUUUUAUAAAGUGUGAAAGAGUGAAAUUUGCUGGAAUCAGUGCCAAUUAUGAUGGAACAGGUAGUUUGGGAAACCUCACAGCUCCAUGCAAUGCACACUGUGGUUGUGAAAGUUCCAUCUAUUCUUCUGUCUGUGGAAGAGAUGAGACUGAAUAUUUCUCUCCCUGCUUUGCAGGCUGCCUUGCUUCUAAACACCUAGACUAUGACAAGACAUUCUACAAUUGUUCUUGCAUUAAACAUGGAUUGGCAAAUGCAGAUUCUGAAGCUGAUCUCAUUGAUGCCACUUCUGGAAAAUGUAACACCAAGUGUUAUGCAUUGCCUUUGUUUUUUGCUUUUUUCUUUUCUUCAAUUGCUUUUUCUAGUUCAGUUAGUAUACCAAUCACCUUGAUUAUCCUCCGAACUUUACCUCAUAAUUUACAUUCACUGGGCAUAGCUGUGACCUAUACAACUUUGAGAUUAUUUGGAUCCAUCCCUGGGCCACUGCUUUUUCAAUUAACAACAAGACAUUCUUGUAUUUACUGGGAUAUAAAUAAAUGUGGACUCAAAGGACGUUGUUGGAUCUAUAAUAAGUUAAAAAUGAUGUCCAUACUGAUGGGAUUCUGUAUUUUUUGCAAAUUGGCCACAACCUUGUUUACUCUCUUGGCAUUUUGUAAAUAUAAUGUUUCCAGAGUUGGAAGUAAGAAUGCAAAGAAAAGAAAAAGAGACAAAAAAUAAAAAAAUAAUUAUUAACUGAUUUCUUCCUUG